AUGUUUCUGAGUAAAGUCCAUGGUGAAGCACAGCAUCAUCUAUUUAUAAGACUGUAUGGACUUUAUGAGAAAGGGAUAGUAUUCCUUCUACAAACUCCCUCACUUAGGUCUUGUAUUAUAAAUGUCCUUCAUAACCCCCACCUCUCCAUCUGUACAGAUGAACAUACUCUGAUUUCUGAGGCUGAGUUUGAUACAGAGCUACUCCACGAGAUAGACAAACAUGACGCACUUCCCACACCAAAUCUAGAAACCUGUAUGAGAUAUCUACAUACAACAGAACAGAUGAUAGACUCACUCCUUCUAACACAGUAUCAAGUCACGAUGCUACAGAAACUUACAGCUUAUGACCUUCAGAAAUCAGCUUUCAUAUUACAAAUGGAAACUUACACACAUAAGAACAAACUGAGGUAUAGAGCUGACAAAAUGUCCUGUUAUAUGCUGAAAUUAGCAGCCAAGUUUGGUUGUAUUACUGACAUGAUGUACAUAGCUAUGUAUUAUUACAAGACACUUAGAUACAUGGAAGCUUUAUCUAUUGUAGAGAUGAUCAAGGUCAAGUUAGCACAACCAUACCUAAUGUAUGAGUAUAAUGUAAAUAUAGAGAUGUAUACUGAGGCUGUAGGGGGUCAGUCCUGGUCUACAAAGAUGAGACAGGCUGUAGCAUGGUAUAUCAUUCUAGACACUGACGUCCAGUACAUCAGUGAAUUGAUACCAGAACAACAGUCUGCUCUACAGAACAACUUGUCUUCAUUAUCUAUCCCACCAUUUGUACUGUUAUACAUGCUAGAGAUCUUGUGCUACAGACAUGUAGACACAAUGAGAGUACAUACAGCUCUAGAUGAUCUACAGACCCUAGUUCACUAUGAUCAGGGACAGUUUGUACCUUUACAUCUCAGAGACAUAUCAUGGCAGAUUCUGGGGAUCUGUCAACAGGUGACAGGGAACCUCCAGGCUGCUCUAUACUCAUACCAACAGUCUCUCAGACAACCACCAUACAACAGCAUACACAGACCUACAGAAAUGAGAAUACAGGGAAGUUGUCACUAA